AUGCCAGUCCCUGAUUGGCCAAAGAGCCCAGGGCUUUGCAUCCGAGACAUCAUGCCAUACAUCCGACAGUGGCCAGCCGAAGACCUGCGUGAGCUGUUGCUCACUGAAGGAGAAGCCCAUCAGUUCACAUUGGAUGGGUCCAACCUGCGUCGGUAUGUGAUGCAGCCAGAUGGAAAACUUCCGACCUGUUUGCACUCGUGGGGAUCCCAAGCAUCCGAAUGCCCUUGUGGCUGCCGACUUUCAGGUUUCAGUGACACCCUGGUGCGACAGCGUGGCAUUUAUGCUCAGUUGAUUCAGGUGACACGAGAGGAUGGCACUCCAUGGUACCGGCAUGUGCAUCCAUGUGAACUUGCAUUGAUGAAUGCAAUGCCACCACCACUUGCAUGGCUACAAGCCGAUCGCCCCAGCUUGCGUUUGAGUUUGUGUGCCAUUGGUCAGUUGGCUUCCCCCUUGCAAUCUUUGUGGAUUGGGGCAAAUGUCAUGCAACGGAUUCACAACAUUUUGGAUUUCCCUCCAGUUUGUCCCAAGGCACUGCUGAGUGAGUUCAAGAGUCGGUUGGUUGCUUGUUCCAAAGACAUGUACCCUGGACUUUCCACAACUCCCAUGCCAGUCAACAAUUGGGUUCAGCUGAUUCACCUAGAUGGUACCAGUGUUCACAUUCAAGUCAGCCCUGAAACCACCUUUGCGGAACUGUGCCAGGCAGAGCUUGCCCUGACGCAACAGCAUUUGGACGGCAGCUGGUGUGAUGCCACUACCAGGACUCAGCUUGAUGCCAAUGACCCCAUCGCCGGAAGAUGCAUCCGUGUUUUGCCAGAUGUAGAGUCUCAGGUUGAUGCAUUGGAUUUCACUCAUGACCCAAGCCUGGAAGCCCAACUGUCCGAUGAUGUUGCUGAAGCAUUGGCCGAUGUCCCAUCUGGACCUGUUGCAGUGUGGGUGCGUAAGUCUGCCAGUCCUGAUGAAGUGAUCUCCUCCGCUGCUGGGCCCAUUCCUGAUGCGAUGCAUGGACUUAAGCAUCUGACUUGUACCCAACUUGCUGCCAUGUUGCCCCCCCUUGUGUCUGAUGUCGCGUACUGUCAGGUCUUGCGUCAGUCCAUGGUCCUUGGCUCUGCACGCCUUGGUGUCUUGGCAAAUGAAGAAACUGCAAUGGCAGAUGAUGAACUGACUCUGCACAUACGUGCCUGCUUGAAGUUGUCUGGACGGGAUGGCAUCCAGCUGCUUGAUCCUUUGUUGGCUCUUGGUUGGUUGCGUGCAGGUGACAUUGACAAAGUACGCUUGUGGCUCAGUCAGUUUCCAACACUGACUAGCAUCGUGUCAGCAGUACUUGUGUCCGACCACUGGAUUCCUGUCAUGUGGUCGGUUGGUCUUGCGGAAGUUCAGGUUACCAUUUGGGAACAUGCAGACACUGACAUCGAGUCUCUGUGCCCUUUGCAUGGCUUGAUUUGCAGUGCUUGGAAUCGUCCGAUGUUCAGUGUGGCUUGUACACGUCGUGUCUUUGGGCGUCAGGGUUGCAGUGCAGCUGUCGUUGCUUUUCUUGCCUCCAAGCUCCUGUCCAAAGACUUGCCGAAGAAUGAACAAGAGUUGAUGGACUUACACACUGAUCUCAAGUGCAGCUUUGCCGCUGCUCUGCAUGAUGUCGAGUGUGUGCCGAAGCCUUGGUGCUGGGGUUUUGGUGUGCCAGAUGUCGUUGACCUUGCUACCGCCAUCCUGCAAACCCAUGGUGUGCCUGCAGCCCAAGCUCCCCUGCGUGCCAAGUUGGUGGUUCAAACACUUGGGAAACAAGAAGUCCAGAAAGCCCUGAAUGGCAAUGCCCCUUGGAAGUCUUUGAAGGCACUUGCCAACAUGCAAACACCGCACUUGCAGCUUGUGUUGCCAGAUGAACUGCAUGCGCAGAACCUUGGAAAACAGCCUGCCAAGCCCAAGAAGGCAGUAGGAUCCUCUAAGAAGUUGCUCCCUACCAAGCCAGCAGAUUUGGAUCCGUCCAAGUUGGUCAUUGCUCCAGCCACUUUCAGAGCAGGUGAUGAUGAUCCAGUUGGGCAGUUGCCCCUUGCAUCCGUGGGACCUCUGGCCACUGGAAUUGCGUUGGCCACACUGACUGAAGCUCAGCAGUUCUUGAAUGCAGGUUCUCUUCUGACUAAUCAGGGUCUCGCGCUGCUGAUUGUGAAUCCCCCAAAUGAGAUUCAGACACCUUUGCAAUGGUCAAGUAUCCGUUUUGCAGCCAGAUGCAGCAUGAACCAGGAACCCAUGUUGCUGCCGGGCAUUCUGGUUCAACUUGGCCAGAAAACAGUGUAUCCGUAUCGAGCCAAGGACACCCCAGCUAUUGCUUCUGCAGAAGUAGCUUGUGCCAGGAUCACUGUGUACCAAGACCAGUGGGAAGGGGAUUGGGAAGACUUUGCAACUCGCCCAGUCAAGCAAAUCCUUGGAUUUUUGCCUUGUCUCCACACCUGCCGUCAGGGAUCGACUUGCACAUGUAAGGGUUGGCACCCCCAAGACUCAUGCCCUCAUGAAGCCCUGUUGGGCGUUUUCCGUCGGCAGUUCCUGACCGAAGCUGGACGACCUGUCAAAUGGGACAAAGCCUCUCAUUUUGCUGUCAUGAUCCGGUAUGCCAAGAAGUUGGAAGAACAGGUGUUAGGAACCAGUGGGGUGCACGGGAUCUUUGUCGAGCCCAAAACCGAAGAUGGUCUGAAACCCAACGAUGCCUUCCAGGUGGUGUGGCUGCCUCAUUUGGACUUUGCCGAGGCCUCCCAUAAAGCCAGAUGUGAGGUGCACUGCAUUGGACUUGCCAGAGCAGGUAAGAGGUAUGGACUUCGAGUUGCCACUGACCACUUUCAGCAGGUCUUUCGCAGCAUCAAGCCAGAUGCUGUUUAUCUUGCUCCUGGAAGCCGCCGGACUUUUGUUUGCGGUCCUUGGCCUUUUGGUUCAGACAGAAAAGGCAUAGCCAAGAUCUUGCUGAGCAGUGGAUGGGAGAGCAGACCUCUCCAACCAUUGCACCAUGUUCCAGGUGGUUUGAUGUGGUCGAUCCAAGCACUGACUGAACCCCCAUGCAAUGUCUUGCCAAUGCAGCAUGGCCAAGUCGUCAUCACAAGCCAAGAUGACCAGCCCAGUCAGACAGCUGGAACCAUCGACAUCGUAGGUCAGGCCAGAACUGUGCAGAUGUGCCGAAAUGCUGAGCCUCCCGGUGCUGACCCAUGGUUGGUUCAUGAUCCAUGGUCCAAAGCGGUGUCCUCCAUGCCGUCUCAACCUGCUGCUCCCCCUGCCACCAACGUCUUGCACGAGAUGGAGCAGAGGCUGGAACAGUCGCUGCUUGCCAAGAUCCAGGCCACACCUGAGCCCAUGGAAGUGGACUGUCAGGAGCAAAGGAUGCAGGCUCUUGAGAUGCAGGUCCAGCAGCUGUCCACUCGCCAAGGACAACUGGAGGCUACGGUGACUGACCACCAUGCCCAAAACACCGCACAGGUACAGUCCUUGCAACAACAGAUGCUGGCCCAAUUCGAUGUCCAGUCCAAGCAGAUGUCGCACAUGCUUUCGGAUCAAAUGCCAUUUAAGGCAAUCCUCACCCUUUUCCUGAUGAUGCUGAUGGUUCGUGUUGGGGAAGCACGUGUACCAGGCCCAGAUGUGGAUACCCCGUGGUCACUUGGGAUCUGUAAUCCUAGUGGAUUACAAGGGAAGCAGGCCAUUGUCAACCAGAUCAAAGCCGACAUUUUGGCCAUCAGCGAAUCUCACCUGAGCAAGGCCGGCACUAGACAGUUGUCAAGUAGCCUUCACUCCAUGCGUUCCCAGUACAAACAUGUGUUGACCGGAGCACCCAUGGCUCCCAGAUCCACUAGCAGUGAUGCAGGACAGUAUGGUGGAGUGGCCUUCACGUCCAAAGUUCCCUGCAGGACGAUGGCAAUCCCAUGGCCACCUGACCUUUAUGAAACCGGCAGGGUCAGUUUUGGUUCGUUCUAUACAUCAGCUUCCUGGGUGUCUGGUGGUGUCAUCUACGGCUAUCCUGAAGGCAAGCUUCAUCACAAUGCCAGGGCCAGAACUUCAGCCAUUUUGGACUUUGCUUUUGCCCAGCUUAGCCAACUGCCUGGACCCAAGUUUCUGUGUGGUGAUUGGAAUCACACCAUGGAUGUUUUGGAUGUGGUCCCACAGUUGCAUGGAGCCGGUUGGAUUGAAGUCCAAGACCUGUUUGCUUUGCGCACUGGCGCUGCCGUCAGCAUGACUUGCAAAGGGGUGUCGAGGAAGGACUUCAUGUUCUUGUCCCCGGAGUUGGCUCGUUCGUUUCUGGAUUUGUCCAUAUGCCAUGAAACGUUUGCCGAUCAUGCCAUCUUGUGUGCCAGUUUUGCUGGAGGUGUGUGUCAUGUUGAGCGGUUUGUGUGGCCUUGUCCCCAACCUGUGCCUUGGAGUCAAGUUGAUGAGCUGCAGCAGCCUGUUUCAUUUGAUGCCCCGAAUGAUCCCACAGCUCAGUAUGCUGACCUUUGGAGUACCAAAGAGUGUCUUGCUGCCAAGGCACUUCCUGACGUUUGGGUUCCAGCGAUGAAAGGCCGUGGACAGCAGACGAAACCACGACGACGCCUGCACACCCAAGCUCCCCUUAAAGCCAGUCGGGUCCAUGAGGUUCAGCCUGCUUUCUUUGGGUUUUCUUCUCUGCAUGCUAAGCAGUUCCGACAGCUCCGCAGGUUGCAGAACUUUUGCAGGUGGGCUGAAAACAAGAGUGCAGUUGGAACUGCCAAUGUUGAACACGGCAUUGGACUUUGGAAUUCCAUCUUGCGGGCUUCUGGAUUUUCGCCCAGCUUCUCUGCUUGGUGGCCACACCGCCGCUAUGUCUGCCCUGCCGAUCCGGUUGAUGUGCCACAGUUUUGUCCCUCUCUUGCUGUUGCGAGCCAAAUUUUUGAAGCGGUCCUUGCUGAAGUCAGGCUCCUUGAAAGCAGGCUCUCCCAAGCCAAAGCUGCUCACAGGCGAUACCAGCAUGACCAUGACCGACACCUUGUGUUCCGUGAUGUCGCUAGACCCUCUGCUGCUCCAGUUGAAACCCUGAUUCAUGAGGUCCAUACCACGGUUCAAGAGGUUGAUGCCAGUGAAUCGGCGGUGGUUUUGACUGAGCCAGCCACUGUUGAUGCCAACAUGCCUUUGUGGAUUUCAGGCCAUGCACAUGAGGUCAUCCAUGCUGAGUAUGACAAGGUGUGGCUGUCGACUGUUGACCACAUCCAGGCCAAUGACAAAGCGGUUCAGCGGCAAGAGAUCGGUGACCUUCGUGCCAUCUUCCAAGCUUUCCAUGAGCAGUGGCAACAGAGAUGGUGUCGGCAUGACCAGGUGCCAUUCACCCACUGGGAUGCUGUUGUUGGACUUGCCCGUCGUGUGUUUCGUCCGGUCCCUGUUCCUCACCUGCAGGUCGAUGUGCCUCUCCUGUGUGCGGAAACCCACCGCAAAAAGAAGCGCUCUGCCACAGGGCUUGAUGGUGUCAGCAGAGACGACUUGGUACAAGCAGAUGCUCAUACCUUGCAAAGCCUGGUCAACAUGUACCAGCGGGCCGAAUGUGAUGGCAGCUGGCCCGCCCAGCUUUUAGCAGGCAAAGUCCACUCACUGGCCAAGACUGAAUCAGCGUCCACGGCAGGACAGUAUAGGCCUAUAACUGUCUUUGGGUUGCCCUACCGUGUUUGGUCCAGCAUCCAGUCUCGACACUUGCUUGAAUGGGCCGAGCAUUGGGUUGAUGACAGUGUGUUCGGCAAUCGCCGAGGUCGCCAAGCCUCAGACCUUUGGCACUUUCUUUUGCAACAGAUCGAACAGGCCUAUGCUUCCAACACACCUUUGUGCGGGGUGUCGGCUGACCUUGAGAAGUGUUUCAAUUGUAUUCCCCGUUACCCAGCGCUUUGCCUUGCUGUCCUUGCCGGAACCCCCCAUCAGGUUACCACUGCUUGGGCUGGUGCGCUGUCGGGCAUGUGCAGACACUUCAAGGUCCGUGAUUCCUUUUCUGAUGGAUUUUUGACCAGCACAGGGCUUGCUGAAGGUUGUGGACUUAGCGUCUUUGGAAUGCUGCUUGUGGAUCACAUGUUUUCCUGCUGGAUGCGACUGCAAGCCCCCUCCAUCUCCACGUUGUCCUAUGUUGAUGAUUGGCAGUGCUACACUUGGGAUCCUGACUUUGCUGUUCGACAGUUGGGGUUGGUUGAGUCAUUUGCUGCCAUGUUGGAUUUGACGGUGGACAGGAAAAAGACCUUUGGAUGGUCCACUCAUGCAGGAGUGCGUGCCCAGCUCCGUGACAGUGGACUUUCGGUGUGUCACCAGGCCCGUGAACUAGGAGGCCAUUUUGGCGUUUCCAAACAAGUCACCAACCGUACCAUCCAACAGCGGCUUGACGCCCUUGAAGACUUUUGGCCAAAACUUGCCCAGAGCCGCGCCAGGCACCAUGCAAAGGUGUUCAUGCUGCGUGCUGUUGCAUGGCCCCGGGGUUUGCACGCGAUCCCCAGUGCACCCCUGGGCGCCAGUGUGUGGACACGUCUCCGUCGGAGAGCAGUCAAAGCCCUAGGGUGGCAAAAGCCUGGAGUUAAUUCUCAUGUCCUCCUGGGUCUGGUCGAAUGUGGAGUUGACCCCCAAUACCUUGCCUUGCUGUGGACUUGUCGUUCUGUCCGAGGUAACUUCCCCUCGGAUUUUGGGUCUACCCUGUUGGCUCCUGUUGCCCGUGGCCUUCUGGAUUUGCCCCCGGCUUCUUUGACUUCCAUUGCUUUGGAUCGGCUGCAACAUGUUGGACUUUCCGUGUCUUGGAGCGGGCAGGUGUCUGAUCGGUUUGGCUCUUUCUGCCUUCAUACCUCCAACCCUGCUGAGGUUGAAGUGCGGCUCCAGUGGGCUUGGGCUCAAGUUGUUGCCAGUAAAGUCGCACACAGGGCGGAGUUUGAUGGACUUGGCCGUGUUGACCUUGCCUCCACCCGCAAAGCCCUGCGCAAGCUAGGCCCAGAUGAUCAAGCACUGUACCGCCUUGGACUUUCCGGUGGGCUGUUCACCGAAUCAUAUAAGGCCAAGUGGACUGACCAAGAUGACCAGUGCCAGUGGUGUGGCAGCCGCGACUCUCUCCAGCACCGAUACUGGGAGUGUCCGCAGCACCAAGACUUGCGUGACCUUCAUGCACCGCAAGCCCAGCAUCUCCAAAAAUGGAUUCCCCCUGCCCUUGCCUUGCGUGGUUGGGCGCUUCAAUCACCCACUCAUGAAGCCUGGCUCACCACUCUGCUUCAAAUUCCCGCAGAAGCCCCGCCACCUUUUCAGCCUUUGAACCCUGGAAUCCUCAAUCAUGUCUUCACAGAUGGUUCUUGUCUGUGGCAAUCAGAUGUCCGUUUUCGACUUGCAUCAUGGGCUGUUCUUUUGGCAUGUCCAGUGUCCUCUACUUGGAAUUUGGGUUCAUCCGUUGUCCUUUGUGCUGCUGCCCUGAGUGGACUUUGUCAGACGGCGUUCCGGGCUGAACUGUUUGCUGUUGCCUACAUCCUCCAUUGGGCUGCGCGUCAGGGUGCUCCUGUUUGUGUCUGGACCGACUGUCUUGGUGUUGUUAACCGGUAUAACCUGACUUUCUGGGGCAGUCGGAAGAUAAACUUGCACGGGGCCAAUGCAGACCUAUGGGUUUGGAUAGCGCAGUCAGUUGCUAUCCUUGGACGAGACUUCAUCCAGAUCCGGAAAGUGCCAGCACACCGUACCCUGCAAAGUGCCAGGAAUUCACGCGAACUUUGGAUGUUUUACAACAACAGUUUGGUGGAUCGAGCAGCUCGCCUGGCUAACCAGGCGCGACCUCAGGUGUUUUGGCAGCAAUGGGAAUCUCAUGUUGCAGCAGCCACUGCUGCAAACGGGAUCUUCCAGCAAGUUUCCGCCCUACAACUGGCGGUGGCUCAACGGCAGGUACGCCAUGGACAACCGCAUGAGGUGAUGGAGCCGGCACCAGAGCCUAAGCAAACCAGACAGUUUGAGCCUUGCUUUGCCUUGAAAGGUUGGAACGGGCAACCACUGCCCAAACUGGCCCGGUUGUUUGGAGGAGAUCAUGCAGACCGAGUUGCAAAGUGGUUUCUUUCCAGACUUACAAUGGGCGCUGAUGCGCAGGUGGUUUGGGUAUCGAUGGCCCAGCUGUACCUGGACUAUCAACUUUGUUGGGGAAACCCGGGGCCAAUCCGGGUCAACAAUGUCUGGGUUGACACGGCCACCAGGCCGUACAUUGCGGCGGAGGUCUACCCGUUUCGUACUCGGGUACGAUGGUUCAAACAACUGGUCAAAGCCAUGGUCAAAGAAGCGGGUAUCCUGACAUCCUUUCAGCAAUGCCGGCCACAAUCCACUGCCAUUCAAACCUUUGUGCCUUCAAUGUCAGUUCCAUGGAGCGAACAUGCCUUGCGAGAAGUGGAUGUGUGGCUGCUCGGCCGCCUGGGUGCCCCGUGCACUAGGGCGGCCGGCAGCCUAGCUACGUUGCCCAUCGCUGCUCAAAGCAGCCGAAUGGCGCUGUAG